AUGCGGACCGGACAGAGAGACCAGACGUAUUCACCCCUCUCGUGGGCAGACAGUGGGCGCUCCGUCCUCAGUCUGAACAUUCGCCACCUGUGGCUGUUCGGACUGUGGCCGCUGCACGACUUCUGGCCCUUCUACCUGUACACCGCCUGCGGCCUCCUGCUAGGCUUCUGGAAUGCCGUGGAAGGUGCGCUGGCCGCGUACUUCUCCUGGGGAGACAUGGACGACACGACGCUGGCGCUGCUCACCGCCAUUACUCAGGGCUGCGGCGCCCUCAAAAUGGUCGUCUUCGUGUACACCAGGCGCCGCUUCAGCGCGCUGGUGCGCCGGCUGGACGCCCUCUCGUCGCUGCGGAGCGAGGUCUGCGGCGGCGGCGGCGGCUCUGUGCCGGCGGCCAUCCUGCGCGCCUCCCGGAGGCGGGCGCACCGCGCCACGCUGGGCACGCUGCUCUUCAUGCUGUCGCAGUGCUUCGUGUGGUACCCCAUACCGCUGGUGGCGCACGCGGAAGAGCGCCGGCUGCCGUUCGCGCAGCACCCCUGGGACGGCAACAGACACCACUACGCGCUGUCCUACUUCGCCCAGUGCGCGGCCGGCUUGCUCAUGACGCAGAUCAGCUUCGGCGUCGACUGCCUCUUCGCGUCGGCCAUGAUCCUUGUGGCUGCCCAGCUACAGAUCCUAGCCGUGCGCCUCAAGGAGAUGGCGGUCGGGUCCAGUAUCCCGUGUAAAGGAAAGACCGCAUACUUUGAGGAAGACCUCCUGACGAAAGGCACCGACCAAAUGUAUAACUCACUGCGCAUUUGCAUCGAAGACCAUCAGAAAAUCUUACGGUUUGUCACUCAUCUGCAGAACACAAUGAGUCCCAUGGCAAUAAUGCAAUUCGGAGCCAGUGUUUUUGUCAUAUGCUUUGCAUUAUUUCAAGCAACAUAUGUCAUGCAGAUAGACUACUGUUGUCCACAGGCGGAGGCAGUAUCACUGGCUGCUUACAGCUCCUCAUGGGUGGAGACCAGUCCCCGUUUCAAGCUCGCCUUGAGGAUUCUCAUCAGUCGUGCCCAGAAGCCGUUGAUUCUCACCGCCGGGCAUCUCUACCGCAUCGACAAAGAAGCCUUUCUUUCGGCGGAGGCCGUGUCAGCAGCUGCGUACAGCUGCUCCUGGGUGGAGGCGAGCGAGCGUUUCAAGCAAGCCAUGAGGAUCCUCGUCAGCCGUGCGCGGAAGCCGCUGGUGCUCACCGCUGGACAUCUGUACCCAAUCGACAGAGAAGCGUUUCUCUCGACUAUGAAGUCUGUUGGAAAUUCAUGCACUGGCAAGGUGAACAUAAAAUGA